AUGUCAUUGAAGAAAGAUUCCAGGCACCAUAACUUCCUGAAGAAACAUCGUCUAGGACCUAUUAGAAUCAGUACAUCAGAUUAUUCGUCGUCUCCUCUUGUCUGUAUAAGAAGCUAUACUAAAUUCGACAAAAUUGUAGAAGAGAUAACGUGGAGAAAAAACCACCAAACGGCAUUCGAAAUUGGAAGGAUGUCUUUCGAAGAUGAUUCACUAUGUCCAAAAUGUCGACGGGUGGAUUGGAGAGAGCUCGCUGAGCGACCGCUGGACCCAGAAUUUAACCGUAAAAAACGUGAUGAAGACGAGCAAGUUACAUUCUUAGGACGAUUCGUUCAGACCAUGACAAAGAGUCACAACCAGCUGAAAUCUGCAAAAUGUAGAGUUUGCCUGAUUCUUUCCAUCAUCAAAGAUGAGGAUAAGCCGAAGAAGUUGUACGUUGACCAACCCAACAUCCGCAACCUUGAAGUCACGACCCUUGGAAGCGAAGUGCUGCUUGAACCCCCGAUAUGCAGUCAAGGCAGUCUUGAACUUUUACAAAUCGGCAAUUGGCACAGCUUCAACGAUGAAACUGAGUCGGGUUAUGGCUAUAGGCAGGGUAAGCUAUACAUUGCAUUGAUUGCUCCCGGAAAAGACCCCGCACCACAUAGAAUCCCACCUUUCAUUGGGGAUUUUACUUGGAUACGAAAUGCCAUCUCAGAGUGUUGCCAACAAUAUGAGAGCUGCCUCGGCGCAAAUCCACUGUUUGUGCCUGAACUUCUCGUCAUUGACUGUCUGGCUGCCUCUUCGACUCUUUCGCUCGUUCCACUACCCAAAUCAUGCAAGUACGUCGCCUUGUCUUACGUUUGGGGAUGUGCACACACCACUAUUACCAAGGUUCCAGCUGUGAUCAAGGACGCUAAUGAGGUUACCUUGAAGCUGGGUCUGAGGUUUAUUUGGGUCGACAGAUACUGCAUUAGACAGGACGACCCAGAGAAACACCGACUAAUUCUUUCCAUGGAUGAAAUUUAUGCUAAGGCUUAUAUAACCAUCACUGCCGCUGCCGGAAAGACGGCUGCUGAUGGGUUACCUGGGAUAAGCACCAUUCCUCCAGCAUUCAUGAAGGAUUGGAACAUUCUGCAGACACUGUUUGCAACCAAGAGGGCAGUGUUUGCGAUUCAGUUUCGAAUUGUCGAGUUUACUCGGCGACACCUAUCCUACCCCCAAGAUUCUCUCGAUGCCUUCCUUGGUGUUUUUGCAGCGUAUGAGCAACAGAGAGCAGCAUGCCCUGAAGUAUCGGUAGUGAUAGACUCGGCUUCGCCCAGUGUUUGCUUGCCGAGUCACGCCUGGGGAUUACCUUUCAUAGAUGGCGUCCCAUUGCUACAUUGGUAUCAUCCAGAACCACCCAAACGGCGAAGACCAGAUUUUCCUACCUGGUCAUGGUCUGGAUGGGAGGGAGGUAUCGAGUUUGAGGAUCAUUACCUCACCAAUUCGUAUGGAUCCACCGACUUAACAUAUGCACCGAUAUUUGUCGAGAUUCCAGACAAGUCGACUGAUUUUUACGAACAAAAAACCAAGUGUCUAGCUUGUCACAACCAUGUCAUGUUUGAGGAACAGGCUCCAGGGAUAUUCGCCGUAAUUCGUUUGACGUUGGGUAUUGAGCCUGAAGUUGGAGAACCAACAUUUGGUCUUCUUUUCACAACCGAAAUCGGCUCGGGGGAAGAGAAACGUUUCAGUAUUCGCGGCAUCAUAGUUCUACGAAAAGGCGACAAAGGCUUCACAAGAAUUGGGUGCAUGAGGUUGGAAGACUUCUGGGUGCGCAAACACGUCAGCAUCGAUGGUGCCUCAAUUGCUAAAGAAGUGAUGCCUCCAUUCAAUGAUAGGCGUUACUUUGGUCAAGAAUUUACAAGGCAGCGUAUCUGUCUCGAGUAA